AUGGACCAAGGAUUCCCGAAGUGGGAAGAAAUGUUAGGGCCAGUGGCAUUCGCCUACAGAAACUCCGUACACUCCUCCACCUUAGAGACACCAUAUUUUCUAAAUCAUGGUCGCGACCCUACGAUGCCCAUCGACCAAUUCUUACCGGCUCCAACAACAAGCAUCAUCACGCCCUCCGAUUACAAGAGCCAAACCAUGCAACACCUGCAUGAAGCCUUCCUCUUGGUUAAGGAUAAUCUAGCCCAAGCCAGAGAGCAACAGCGAGCCCAGUACGAUAAACGUGCUAGGGAAUAUGACUUCAAAGUAGGAGAUAAAGUCCUCCUCGACGUUAGGACACCGAUGGCCGGCACCAGUAAGAAGCUUAUUCCACGAUUCGCUGGACCAUACCGGGUUAUCAAGGUGAACAGUAACCAGACCGUGGAAAUCCAAGAGUGCCCGGGUAAACAGACGCAGCGAGUCCACGUGAACCGCAUCAAGCCGCUGUACGAGUCCAUGAUCUGGAAGGAAGAGCCGACCGUCGACCACGCAGACCCCCGAAAACAGACCCCGGCCGCUAACCUCCCCGGCGAGUUGGAACUUCCAGUCCCAGCUAACGAAGAGCACACCGACCUCGACGAGACAGACCUCAUCGACUUCCACGGAUGGUCCCAGCCGAUAGAAGGAGCCAGAGGAGAAAUCUCAGUCCAUGAGAUAGCACCAGCGUCGACAACCCUAGACCCUCUCAUCCCACUCACUCCCGCUAUACCUCUCUUACCCGAACGCCACCCCGGACUCCGACCCCGAAACGUCCUUAGACCCCCACCUAACUUUGAAUAA